UGGUGAGGCAUUUGAUAGUGAAAAUGGAACCACAGAAUGAUGAAGUGCAAAAAGUAGAAGAAUUGCAAUUGCCACUGAUCAUAGCAAUAGAAAAUGGUUCAGGGUCCAGUAGUAACAGCAAAAUAGCCCAUGAACUAGCCAUGUUCAUAAAAUGCCCUCUCAUUGAUGAAAAUGAUAUCUCCCAAGCCCUUAGAGAAGUCUCUCUAACAACCUCAAACUCCAGAGCCACCAAUUUCCCUGAUGAACUAGCACAAAAUUUACCUUUCGAAGCUAUCUGUCAAUUAGUGUCAACCCAACUCAGCUUGAAGAUCAAAGUUAUCAUGAAAACACUGCUCUCUUCCCCUGCGCGCAUCGUCAGAUUAGAUGAGCUGGCAAGAUCUUUUGGCGCCCGUCUGAUCAUCAUCGACCGCAAAACUGGCGAUCAACAGUAUGAUGAUUAUGAUAUUCAAGAUGUCCUGAAGCUUUAUGUGGACAUGGAUUCAUUCGACGCAAACAAAGUCGUCUCUGAUAUAUCCAGCAAGCUUUCUGACACGGAAAAUUAUCAGGUACCUAAAGACAAUUUAGCAAGUACUACGUCAUUCAAACCAUCAUUGCAGGAUGACGUUGUCGUAGAAGAGAAUGAGAGCUAUCGGAAAAUGAAACAACCAACAAACGACCACGUGCAUUCUUUAACCUUAUUCGAGAAACCCCGAAAGGAUAAACUCGUGUGUAAGAGUUGCAAAGAAGUUAUUUCUAGCUCCUGCUAUCAAUGUGUAGUGUGUGAUGAGUUCAUUCUUCAUAAAUCCUGUGCAGAGUCUGCCGCAAAUGUAAAGGUUCUUUCACAAAAUCGCCCUCCUUUCUUGAAAUCAAUGAAACCUCAUUAUGAUUUCAAAGAGAAGCAUAAAUGUAGUAAUUGUGAAGAAUUCUCGUACGAUUGUUGUGAUUGCCUUCUCCAGACUCACCUCAACCAUGGGUUCUUGCCAACAGUUCUUUAUCAUAGUCAACACCAGCACCUGCUUAAUUUCGUAAUUAUGCCACUGAAGUAUAAUUAUCAGUACCUGUGUUGUGCCUGUGGCACUAUCCAGCUACAAAACGACCAACACCGUUUGUCCCUUACUUCUCAAGAUGAUUCUGGUGAGUAUUAUUGUGAUAUUUGCGACAGGGAAGGAGACUUGGGCCAAUUGUUUUAUCAGUGUGAAGAUUGUGAUUUUGCUAUUCAUGUGAAGUGCUUGCCUGAGCUAAGCCAGAGCACAACUACCUUUUAGAUGGGUUUCUAUGGAUGAAGAAUUUGAGGUUGAGCUAUGGGAUGAGGAGAGUUAGAGUUGCUUAGCCAAGGCAGUCCAGUCGAACCUUCUCUUUAGUACAAUGUCAUCGGGAAUGUAUGUAAUGGGCUGUAUACAACAACUGAAACAUGCUUAAUGGAAUAAUAGUAGUUCUUCCAUCUA